GGAUUUGUGUGCACAUUACAGUAUGAUGCAGGACCGCAGAGAACAGGCCAGACAGGAUCUGAAAGGAUUGGAGGAGACUGUGGCCAAAGAGCUGCAGACUCUGCACAACCUCAGGAAAUUGUUUGUUCAGGAUCUGGCGACUCGUGUGAAGAAGAGUGCAGAGAUGGACUCUGAUGAAACUGGUGGCAGUGCUGCUCAGAAGCAAAAGAUCUCUUUCCUGGAGAACAAUCUAGAACAACUCACCAAGGUCCACAAACAGCUGGUGCGUGAUAAUGCUGACCUGCGCUGUGAGCUUCCUAAACUUGAGAAGCGUCUGCGGGCGACAGCGGAGCGUGUGAAGGCUCUAGAGUCAGCACUCAAAGAGGCCAAAGAGAACUCGGCCCGUGACCGCAAGCGAUACCAGCAAGAGGUGGACCGCAUUAAAGAGGCCGUGAGAGCCAAAAACAUGGCCCGCAGAGGACACUCCGCACAGAUAGCUAAACCCAUCAGGCCUGGUCAGCAACCUGUAGCUUCUCCUACACACCCCAACGUGCUGCGUGGAGGUGGUGGUGUGCUCUACCAGAACAGCCAACCUAUGCCUAUCAGAGGAGGUGGCGCUAAACAAGAGAAGAGCUGAAGAUGAGUUUAUUUUUGUUCCCUCACUACCGAAGCUGCAAGAAGUCUUCAUGGAAAUCUGUCAUUCCAUUAACAUAAUCCCUCCUGCUGGUGCACAUGGGAGGACGUCUG